GGCGGAUUCAAUCUUGUGUGUGAGAUGCAGGCUCUGCGAUCGCAAGCAAGUCGAGUUCCUUCGAAGCUCAUCAGAUCCACAGGCAAAGUUACCCGUUACUCGCGUCGAAUCUCACCUCUACUCCAUCAUCAUCCUAGAUACGUCUCAAGUAAUUCUCCGUCAACGACCAACAGUAUGGCUCUCUUUCCGCGCGGACCACAUAGCGAGUUCGGCACUCUCUUUCGUCUCCUAGAUGACUACGACGCUCAUCGUGCCGACCGAAGCUCUGGUGCCCUCUCUUUUGCACCGAAAUUCGACGUCCGUGAAUCCAAGGAAGCAUACAUGCUUGAUGGCGAGCUGCCCGGUAUCGACCAAAAAGAUAUUAACAUUGAAUUCAGCGACCCCCACACCCUAGUUAUCCAUGGCCGCACAGAGCGUUCAUACACGUCCGGAACUCCGCCUGGCAAAGCCUCAGAGGCAGCUAAAGGCAAGGAGACAGAGACAGGAGAAAGGUACUGGGUAUCCGAACGGUCGGUUGGGGAGUUCCAACGGUCUUUUAAUUUCCCGACCAGGGUGGACCAGGAUGCGGUAAAGGCGAACUUGAGGCAUGGAGUGCUAUCUAUCGUGGUGCCCAAGGCGACAGCUCCCCAGACAAAGAAGAUCACCAUCCAGAGUGCGUAGCUGGAAAUAGGGUACACGCGUUUAUUUGGGAUUUCAGACAACAAUUCGUCUAUACAUGAGUGGAGGAUCAGCAGUAAUAUGGAGUCUUUUCAGAUUUGUCUUUAUCCAUCUCAUGAAAAAAGCAGAGGGAAACAACUGACUGUUAUCUCCCUUGAAUCGAGCAAAUUUCGGUCUGGAUACGAAAUGGGGAGCCAUAAGAUGAUGCCCAAUGUUCCUGUGUAGCUAGCAGCGUUGAGAAUGGAAUCAUGACUAACACUCUUAUCCUUUUUC